UUGUACGGUUCGGAACUGUGCGACGCUCAAAGCGCGCGCGCACUGAAAUUCGACUCGCAUGUGUAUUGUCAUCGUCAGUCGCGUUCGCCGGGUGUUGUUGUCGGUUGGCCGAAAUUUGUAUCCCCCCAAGGGGUCAUCCAUCCAUCGUGUGACAUCUCGAAAGCUUCGUCCCAUAGACGAGAAGAAGUGCUCUAUGGUCUAGUGAAUUGAAAGCUUAUCGGUCGAAUUAACAACAGUGAAAAUGUGCUCAAAGUGUCCAUGUGUCAGCUGACAAAGUGAUAUCGUUGUCCUUCAUGAAGAAUUCUCUAAAAAACUGUGAAUGGCUUAGUUUGUGAACAAACCCUAUGGAAAAGUGCAAUGGAUGGAUGCCAAUAAGAAAACAGCAUUCCAAAAAAAUUAAAUUGUAUAUCUAAUUACCUAUAUGUUAAGUGAUAAAAAAAAUUGGGAAUUUACGUUUUAAAUGUACAUAUAUAUGUAUGUAGAUAUCUAGCAAAUAGAUAGCAACAAAUUGUGAGACCUUCGACAGCUAGAAGGUUAGAUAUAAGAAAAUUCAAAACGAAGACGCAGCUCUAAACAAGAAGUAAAAUCAGUAGCCAUGGUUCUCCCAACUACAAAGAAUCCCGGGCCGGAAGUUGUGGAUCAGCUGAGACGAAUGUUUCAGCAAAGGAUGGAAACGGAACCAGAAAAAAUUCCACUCGGCGGAUUUCACGAGCACGACCUUAAUAAAAUUUUCGUUGACGACAAGUGGCUGACCAAGUUUUUGGAAAACAACGAUCUCGACAUGAAAAAGUCGGCCGAACAGCUGUGGGACACCUGCACGUGGCGGAAAACGGAAAACAUCAAUGAACCGGCUACCGACAGUAGGUACACAAGCAAACCACCUCCAGGCAGCAGCGCCUUCCUCAGAGACAUUUGCCUCACUACUCGACUCGUUGUCAUUCAGGAAAUUCGAACCCACUCCGAAGGAAGUUUUGCCCUGAUGGUUUGUUCCUCGAAUCUGGGGACCGGAAAAAAUAAUCCCUACACCAGCAAGGAAAACCAGACAAACUUUACCGACUGGACAUCAGCGUGUCAUCAUCUACAGCUUGGACAUCACAUCAACGGCUGUCGCCGAAUUGAAAAUUCCCACCUCACAAAAAUGGCAAGGGUCCAUUUCGCAAACCUCAGUCCACCGGAUUCACCGAUGAACGAGUCAAGCAAUUCCAAUUUCGAAAACAUUGAGGGCGAAAUGCUACGGAUAACACCCCAGAACACGAUCGUAUUUACCAAGUCGGGCACCGAGUUGGUUGGAAAUGUUGAUAUCGAAAACAUCGACAGCAAACCUAUUACCUUUAAGAUCAAAACGACCGCCCCGGAAAAAUUCCGGGUUCGUCCGAGCAAUGGAGUGCUCGCACCGGGUGGCGUCGCAAGCAUCAACGUGGUCCUGCUGCAACAGGGUCACCAGAUUGCCGUCAAUCCAGCCAUCAAUCGGGAAAAGUUCCUGGUAAUGUGCAUGGCGCUGACCGAGAUGUUCACCAAUACGCACGAUAUUGCCGAGUUUUGGAAGAACACUCCAGCCAACAGUGCAGCGAUAGAGCAGCAUCGGUUGAAGUGUUCUCUGCCGAUGAUCCCUGACGAUCCGGCCUUGCGCAAUGGCAUGCCCCCGUACGGAGAUAUGUUCGGUCCGGUUGCCGGUUUCGGGGGCAGCGACAAACAGAUGCUUCACCUACAGCAAGUAAUUACCCAGCUCAGUGGAACGACCCACAGGUUAGAGUCACAGAUACGGUUCAACCAGAAACUCCAGUGGAUCUCUCUAGCGCUCUUUUUGUUCAUUGCGAUAGCCAUUAUUUAUAUUUUGAAGGCGGAAAUCAAGGGCAGUGCGGCGCAGUACUGUCUUAAGCCCUAAUCAGGUGUGCGAUGAAUUUGUUAUUAGCCGAGGGUCGCCCCUAACACAUCUACAUAUGAUAGCAACUGAAACGAUGAUUGAAAAGUGAGGAAAACGAGGGUUGAACCCUGCAUGAAACCGGUGAAGAUAAAAAAAUCAAUGGGUCUUCUUUGUUUGCCUGUAUUACUUCUAAAAUUUGUACUCUCUUUAACUGGCUUAGCCGGUAUGGUUUAUUUUUGUUUUUCGUUUGUUUUUCCUAUGAAGGAAUAAAUUAUACAUAGUCCUUUUUAUACAUUAUCUCGUUUUGUAAUUAUUUUCCCAAUAUAUCCCCUUUUUGGACGUUUGAAGGGUUUCUGGUGAACGCAAAAAUCGUUUCAUGUACAAAACUCGUCGAUGGCUUUUAAUGAUAUUUUGUUAGCUGUAGAUUUAUUUAAUUAAGUAGAAUGUUUAUGGAAUACAUAAUUUUAAUAAGAAAAAUAAA